CCGCUCUUUGAUGGAUUGAGGCCGAAAACUUGCGAACGCAAAAGACAGCAAGAGAGCCCCUUCGACAAGUCGACGCUCUGCAUCUGUCCCCCCAUCAACUGCUGCCAACCUCGCCGAAACUCCAGCACCGACCCCCCCCCGCGCCCACCCAUCUUCUCCUCCCUCGCCCCCAAGAUAAAUACCCCCCGACCCUCAACCAAACUCGUCCUACCUUUUUGCCCAUCAUGAACGGCGAGGAUCCCCAAGAGCGCCCCGACUUCAUCCGCGCCAUCAUCAACGGUCUCGAGCGUUACAACCCUGAAGCCGCUGGCACUCUCGAGGCCUACCUCACCCAACAAUGUGAGGAGAAGUUCUGCGACUGCAACGCCAACCGCGCGCUGCUCAAGCUCUACCAACUCAACCCCGACCGCAUCAAGGAUGAGGUCAUCACCAACAUCCUCGUCAAGGCCAUGACCCAGUUCCCCUCGCCCCAGUUCGACCUCGCCCUCCACCUCCUCAGCCCCUCGCAGUCCAACCCGGGCCCCAACUCGUCCUCGGAGCUCACCGAGGCUGUUUCCAAGCUGCGCGCCCUCAACGCCCAGCUCGAGGGUGCCGAGUACGCCCGCUUCUGGGCCACCCUCGACAGCGACGAUCUCUACGCCGACCUGACCACCGACAUCGCCGGCUUCGAGGACAUGAUCCGCGUCCGCAUCGCCCAGCUCGUCGGCCAGUCGUACCGCGAGAUCCAGUUCCCCGUGCUCGAGAGCUGGCUCGGCCUCAACAACUCCGAGGCCACCACCCAGUUCAUCACCGAGACGUGCGGCUGGAAGGUUGAGGGCGAUGUCGUCCAGAUUCCCAAGAACGCCGACAACGAGGCGCGCAAGGCCGAGAUUCGCGAGGACGUCAACGUCGACAUGUUCGCGAGGGUCAUCAAGCGCAGCUGGGAGGAGUCUGCUUAGAUGCUGUCAACACUUGGCAGUGUCGAGAAAUGCUGAAGGAACGUAACGAAACGGGGAAGGGAAAAGGGACGAAGAAGGUUGAAGAACUGAAGAGACAAAAAUCCUUUCUUUCGAAACAUGGAGAGAAGGGGGGGACAACAAGAAGAAGAGGAUGAGAAACAAGGGGGGGCCUGAUGUCAAUACCCGUAUAAUUACAUCCUUCUGUGUGUGUGAUUGGGCCCCAAUUUCUUGCAUCUGGUAGCAAAAAAAAAGCUCUGGCGUUUUUGGGUUUUCAGACAAAUGUUGAAGAACGGAACUGGACGGGCACGUUUUUAUCCCGUUACUGCUGUUGCUAGCUACUUUACACUGUCCUUGGUCUCAGAACAGACAGCCGUUCGCGUAGAAAGAGGUAGAAGUGGGAUUCCUGACGGCGGUGAUGGGAUGUCUUGCGGGUUUCUAUGGUGUUUGGAAGAGCAUACAUGGUAGAAUUUGUCAAGGGUGUCGGAAUAUGAAACUAUGACAUGACCAGUUGGUAGUCCCGUGUUUGGCAAGUUUUUGGGCGUGAUUUUGGACUUCUCUCCAAGAGCCCAACGUGUGUAUGAACUUGUUGCCGUUUCAGGUUCCCAGCAGCCUUGUUUUCUCGCUUCGUGAUAUUCGGAGAGGUAGCUUGGUUCGCAUAGUCUAGUUGAUCCCGAAAAUAUUCCCUUUAAA